UGAGCCAGUACCUUGCUAUCUCUUCCGGUUAUCGCAAUACAUUUGAGUCCGAUCUCUUCAAUACUUUUUUCGCAUUUCAUUUGGUACCACAUUUAUUUUCAAACAUUAUUGAAGAUAUUUAUAAAAUGGCAGCUGGGAGGGGAUUCAGGUUAAAAGCUUAUUCGGCAUCGCGUUGAUGAUGCUCAGUGUUCAUGUUGUGCUGGGCUGAAGGGAACAUGAACAGAUGCUAAUGAAUUAGAGACCACAUUACACAUUUGUGAAAUACCUGAUCAAGAUAAAUCUGAACAUAGUCAGAAGCCUAUAUGCGACGAUGCACAGGCGUUUGUGGUGACAGUUCAAUUCAAGCCAAGAAAAGCCAUUUCCUUCUCUGACUAUGCAAGAGCUAUAUCUGUAAACAAUUGACCUAGCUGUAGCCUACAAAUAGGAGUCUAGGAUGCUGCAGGGUCCACAUGUCCUGGGUCAUGACAAGCCUCUGAUCAGACUAUCAUUCACGUCCUGUGUUGUGGGCACCGUCAGCCUGCCACUGCUUGGCUUAAUUACCUGCAUCUCCAUCUCCUCCGUGUUCCAUUUCCAGGACUCCACUGACACACAUUGCAAGGUUACCAAUUAUCUGCCCUCCAUUAGUGCCUCCAUAAGCCUGAGCCCAGAGUGCCAUAUCUGGCGCUUCUGCAUUGGCCUGCACUCUGCUCCCAGGUUCCUGGUGGCCGUGGCCUAUUUUAACUUCUAUAAGGGCCGCUUCUCCACAAGGUUCCUGGAGUGGCUGCUCAGCUGCCUCAACUUCAUGUGUGCCAUCACUGAGAACUUUGGCCUCUUGCUGCUCACCUACGUGUCAUCCAAUGAGACAUACCUUGUCCAUAAAGAAGGUUUUGUCCUGUUCAUUGCCAGUUCUGUUAUCCACAUGGUGUUAACCUGUCGGCUGUGGCUGGUUAUAAAGAAGUACUCACUGAUUCCUGAGGAUGUGAAAUCUUUCCACUGGAAAAUCCGCUGCUUGAUCCUCAACAUCGCUUUCUGCUGCUUGGCUGCUUACUUUUACUGGAAACACAACAUGUACUGUGAACAAGGGAGCUACACCUUUUUCGCCCUCUUUGAGUAUUGUGUGGUGUUCUCCAACAUGGCCUUCCACCUAACAGCCUUCUGGGACUUUAAGAGCAGAGAGAUGGUGGUCAUCUCACCAGAGGAGGGUAAAGACUUCUGACUGGGAAACAGAGGGUCAGGUGACAGGUGUUCAACCACUCAGAACACACCUAGCGGAGAUGAUGCUGUUGCAGAGGAGGAGGAGCAGGAAGAGAGCACCUUCUUCCAUAUAUUUACAUGAUGGCGGAUGUCAUGACUGUAAAUAAUCACUUUAUUUAUCUGGACUGUUCAACCUGAAAGUCAAUCCUACUGUACCAACAUUUUGAUUGAGUUGAUAUUAACAUACUGUAUGAUACAUGACAGACUUAGUCCUCUAUGAUUUUGGACAGUGGGGCAACUUCAACUUGAUCACCUUGACUUAAGAGUAUGUCCUUCUUUAGUCAUGCUCACGUGUCUAUGACUUAUCACUUGUGAAAUUCGGGAAAUGCUGACUGUUGCCAAUGAUGUGAUCUGAAGAGAGUGUCUCAGCUCUUUGUAGAAAGUAUUUUUAAAUGCAUCAAGAACUGUAGAUAAACGCAAAUAUGAUUUUGUAUAUUCUCAAGUAGAGAGAGACAUCUUAAAGGUAUUAAUAAUCUAAUAGUGAUUUUUUUGUGUGUAAACAUUAAGCUUCAUUAAACAAUUAUUUCAGAACUUUUUAGCUAUUUACCAUAACAUGCUUAUUCUUAGUGAGUCAGUCAGUCAGUGAGGUACACAACCUAAAUUAAGGAAGUUACAAAUACAUGUUCUUCCUCGUUUGUAAAGACAGAGAGAGGGACAGAGAGAGAGAGACAGAGAGAGACAGAGAGAGUGAGAGAGACAGAGAGAGACAGAGAGAGUGAGA